UGUUGCCGGGCGCUUCCCCCUGCCCCGGAAGUGCCGUGCUCCCGGAAGCCGCGCUCCCUCCACGGUCUCUUUCCGCCGCCAUCUUGGGCCCCGCUCCCCGCACAAAAUGCCCGGCGAAGCCACAGAAACCGUCCCGGCCACGGAGCAGGAGUUGCCGCAGCCGCAGGCGGAGACAGGGUCUGGAACAGAGUCCGACAGCGAUGAAUCUGUACCAGAGCUCGAAGAGCAAGACUCCACACAGGCCACGACACAGCAGGCGCAGCUCGCGGCAGCGGCCGAAAUAGAUGAAGAACCCGUCAGCAAAGCAAAACAGAGCCGGAGCGAGAAGAAAGCUCGGAAGGCAAUGUCCAAACUGGGCCUUCGCCAGGUGACAGGAGUCACCAGGGUCACCAUCCGGAAAUCCAAGAACAUCCUGUUUGUCAUCACAAAGCCAGACGUGUACAAGAGCCCGGCGUCAGACACCUACAUUGUCUUUGGCGAGGCCAAGAUCGAAGACCUGUCCCAGCAGGCCCAGCUGGCAGCUGCCGAAAAGUUCAAAGUGCAAGGAGAACCUGUUUCAAACAUCCAGGAAAACACACAGACCCCCACCGUGCAGGAGGAGAGCGAGGAAGAGGAGGUUGACGAGACGGGUGUGGAGGUGAAAGACAUCGAGCUGGUGAUGUCGCAGGCGAACGUGUCGCGGGCGAAGGCCGUGCGAGCCCUCAAGAACAACAGCAACGACAUCGUAAACGCGAUAAUGGAGCUGACGAUGUAGCCGCCGGAGGGAGGAGCCUUUUUUGGUGUUUCAGAGAAGACUAAAAUACAGCUAAAUUUAAAAUUUGUACUAUUUCUAUCGGUUAAUAAAAGUUGUGGCUUAUUGUUGGUGAAA